CGUACCUCUGGACCGUGUAUACGUUCUUUAUGGUUGACAAUCUCUUAUAGUGAGAGGGAUACCACUAUUUAUUAAUGUCCUUUAUAUGAGGUUUGAUAAUCUGUCCAUUGUGCUUUUGGCUAUCUUAACAUUAGCACUGGGAGUCAGUGAAUGAAAGACCCUAUCUAAUGAAGUCUCACAUCCCAUCUGAUGUUCUUAAGUAUCAUAACUAUGAGAACAGUUGAGUACCACAACUCUACAACCUAUUUGUUCUUUGCGGAUGGGUCCUCUUAAUCCAAGGACUGACCUAUUUUACUUCUUGUUACUCAUCAAUUUGCCAAGGAUUUGACAAUGACAUUACCCGUCUCUUUAUUUGCCUUCAGUAGUUAGGGAUUAAAGUGAAUGCUGUGCAAUCAUCCAGGGCAUAUCGAGAUGCUCCCUCCUAGUUCUCCUGUCCCUGAGUCGACAGAUAGCACGCCUGCAUCUCUGUCGACUGCUACGUGUCCAGCGUCAACAAACAAGAGCAUCGCAGCAUCAGUGAGGAAAGACACCCAAGAUGAAAAGUACGGGCUUAUUGAAAAUGUCGACCUGUAUCUCCCCGUGGGUGUUCUCAUGAAGCCCACUGCCCAAGAUGCCGACGCUCCAUUGGCACAACCAGAUGACUUCCCUCACUCAGAAAUCUCUAACUUGGAAAAACACCAUUGGAUUUGGACUAGCACCAACCAACAGUGGAACUACUUACGUGUGUAUGUCUUACCUGAUGAUGUGGGUCGUAAGGUUAUUCCACGCUCGAGUGCGCCAUUAAGGCGUGCACUUAAGCUUGUCAUGGCGAAGAUCGACCGGUCACCUGCAGCAUGGACUGGAUGCUUCUCUAUCGGCAACAAGAAUGGAGAUGAUCCCGAGGGUGCAAGGAAGGAUGAAUCACUGUGGUACAUUUACAAUACUUUGCAAAACCCCGAGCCCAACCCGGACUCGAUGAGAGACCCUUGGGCAAAGAAAGCCAUGCAACAACUACUUUCGGCAACGUCUUCAAAAUCUUAUGAUGGUUAUGACCUUGAAGAUGGCGCAGAACGACCUAGAAAAUUUUGCUGUGUUCCGUACCUGAAAACACCUUUAUACCCUUACCAGCGCCGUUCAGCUGCCGCCAUGAUUCAGCGAGAGGCGCAGCCGGCCCCGAUGCUUGAUCCUCGACUUGUGAGAUAUGUCACCCCCACAGGAAAAGAAUAUUACUACGACAAAGAAGAGGGCAAUAUCCUUCAGGAGAAGCGAAUGUAUUCCGAGCCCCGUGGAGGUAUUCUUGCAGAGACCAUGGGCUGUGGGAAGACACUUAUCUGUAUAGCUGUUAUCCUGGCAACUCGUGGCCACUUCCCCCAAAUCCCUCUAGAACAUCAGGAUAUGGUGAACCCAGUACGGACGCAUACUGGCAGUCUUCUCGAAAUGGCAGCUGCAGCCGCAGGUCGGUUAUCAUUGCCUUGGAAGGGGUAUUUUGAAUCUAUGAGACACUCCGGCGCGUUAUUCGGUAAAUGCAUCAAAGCAUGCGAGGAGAAUCGUGGUACAUAUACUAUACCAUCACCACCAGCAAGAUACAGUGGCCGAACUGGCGUGGCUUAUCCAAGACCACCCCCUCAGCGGCUUUCCCUUUGUUCAGCGACCUUGAUUAUCGUCCCACCGAAUCUUAUAAAUCACUGGAAAGAGGAAAUUGCUAGACAUGCUGAAGGGAUCAUUGUCCUCGUAAUACAGGGCUUAUUAGACCCUACACCUACUACGGACCAGCUCUUGAGAUGCGACAUUGUAUUGUUUUCAAAAACUCGCUUUGAGAAAGAAGCAGGUGAACCGUCUAAUAAUAGGCGAAGAUUUAUCAAACCGGUCUCCCCGCUGGCAAAACUACAUUGGCUUCGAAUCAUCGUGGACGAAGGUCAUAAUGUGGCCGGUAGCGGCCAUAGGACGAAUAUGGUUCAUAUCCUAGACCAGCUUCAUGUGGAGCGUCGAUGGAUAAUUUCGGGGACACCAUCUAGUGGCUUAUAUGGGGUUGAAGUCAAUUUGGCUUCACAGGAGACCAAUACUACCGACACAGAUAUGGCAGAAGCCACGGCCGCUAUGCUUCAUGGGAGGGAGAAGACCAGCUUUGUCGACAAUGAACUCAAGGAUAUUGACAAACUACGACACAUUGUCGUUGGAUUCCUAGAUGUGAAACCAUGGUCAAAUUCUCGAGCCGAUGACUCUGCUAACUGGACCAAAUACAUGAAACCUAUUGGGGAAGAUCGUAAGCGUCGGAAGGCACAGUCACUCCGUGCGACUUUGCAGAGCCUGGUUGUACGGCAUCGCAUGGAAGUUAUCUAUAGCGAGGUUCCUCUUCCAAGGUUGCACAACAGGAUCGUGCGUCUUGAGCCGACAUUCUACGACAAGCUGAACAUUAACAUGUUUAUUUUCAUAUUGACGGUCAACGCCAUCACUUCCGAAAGAAAGGACCAAGAUUAUAUGUUCCAUUCGCGUAACCGAAAACAUUUGAGUUUAUUGAUCAGUAACCUGCGACAAGCUGGAUUUUGGUGGGCUGGUUCCGAGGGUGACAUUCAAGGAACGAUCAAUAUCGCGUCAAAGUAUAUAGAAGAUAACAGAGAAAGAAUGACCGAAGACGACAUACUGAUGCUCACACAGGGUAUUCAGAUAGCUGAGAAGGCGGUUGCCUGCGAGAAUUGGGAGCGUUUCAAACAAUGCCAUGAACUGGGGGUGUUUCUUGAAAGAUUCCCUUCUCCUGCUCGGGACAUGUGGGCGCUCACACCAUUGCGGUCUGAUGUCGAGCCCCUUUUGCUAGGAAUCUCACAGGCCCGUCAUGCCCAGAAGUUUGUUACUGCGCGUCUUAAUGAAACGUAUCCAGAAGAAGGUCUUGCCGGAGCUGGUCUCAAGGCUCGCAAUGCACUGGCAGGUCGACAAGGACACCCGGAUCCUGCAAUACAUAAAAAAACUGCUCCCAAUACGUCGAAUGCCGCCAGCUUCAAAACUUUACCGGCAUCUUCCCCCCUGGCGCGGACAAAGUUUGUUGCCACAGCAUCUGCAAAGAUGACUUACUUGUUGGAUCGCGUUCUAGAACUCUACCAACAAGAGAAGAUCAUUAUCUUCUAUGAUAACAACAACUCUGCGUUCUGGAUUGCGGAAGGCCUUGAGCUACUUGGAGUUGAGUUUCGUAUCUACGCAAGCACACUAAAACCCCAAGUUAGAGCGGCUUACCUGGAACUAUUUCGAGAACGCGAGGACGUCCGUGUUCUCCUUAUGGACCUGCACCAGGCAGCCCAUGGUUUACACAUCGCUAAUGCCUCGCGUGUGUUUAUUGUCAAUCCCAUCUGGCAACCUAAUGUGGAGAGUCAGGCGAUCAAACGAGCACAUCGUAUUAGCCAAACUUUGCCAGUGUUUGUUGAGACUCUCGUCCUCAAGGAUACUCUGGAAGACAAAAUGUUGCAGCGAAGAAAGGCCAUGUCAGAGACAGAAAUGCAGCAUGCGGAGAGAGACUUGCUCGAUGACAGCACUAUGAGCUCCAUCAUUCAGAACGAGCACUUCCUCCCCAUGGCAGAUGACGAAGACCUUUCUGGACCAGCGUACUUGAAGCACCCGCCUGGUUUCUUUGACCGCCACAAACUACCAUAUUCUGGAGAGGACCAACCUCCUUCAUCUGCUGGUGGAAGUCCCAGACGGCGCAAGCGGGGACCCAUACCUAUAGACAUCGACCCGAGCACCACAAGCGACUCAGGCGUUGGGACGCCUAAACGCCUGAGGGUAUCCGAGGGUACAUACUUGUCUCCCGAUGGUAUCUUUAUGAAGACUUCACUAAGAAAGAGGCCAGAAAUGACGUCCCAUACCGGCAUAAUCGGUAUCUCGGGCCCCUCAUCCAGCGGCAAAACAACCCUAGCUCGCCUACUGCAGAGAGUAUUCUCCAAAGCGGCGACAGCCCGCCUCGGGACAUUCAUCAUCCACGAAGAUGAUUUCUAUUUCCCCGAUGAUCGAAUACCCUACACAACAACCGCAAGCGGAAAAGCCGUGCAGGACUGGGACACCAUCUCCGCAAUCGACGUCCACUUUCUAUCCUCGACACUCUCCUACGUCCGCGAACACGGACAUCUUCCACCCCGCCUAAAGAGCAUCCAGGACCUCAAUGAAAAGGCCGACUCCGGUGUUGACGAGGGGACGAUUUCCCAGCUGCAGGAGGAAGUGGGGGAGCGGCUUCGGUCGCUUUUCGAUGCUGGUUCCGGGAGUGAAGGUGCGGUGAAGAAGCAUACGAUUGCUUUCCUGGAGGGAUUUUUAUUAUACAGUCCGCCUGAAUCGGAGGAUAAGGACCAUGUGCUUCGUUCUGUGCACGAAAAUAUUGAUGUGCGGUUGUUUUUGCCCGCACCGUACGAUGUGGUCAAGUCGCGGCGCGAGAGUCGGAGCGGGUAUGUGACGAGUGGGCCUGCGCCUGAGCCGACUUCUCUGCCGCAAAGAAGUUCGGUGUCAGAUCAUGGAAAUGUGGAUUUGGAGGGCGAAGAUGAUCGACCACCGCAGAACUUUUGGACGGAUCCGCCGGGCUAUGUCGACGAUAUUGUGUGGCCGCGAUAUGUUCAGGAUCACGCAUGGCUGCUCCUGCCUGAAGGGGACUCCUAUCAGAGGAGUACCCUAAGUGCAGAUAGCCCCGAGUUGAUCAAGAAAGUGGGACAAGGGGUUAACCUGAGAACAAAUACUGGUGUCGUUGUCGCUCCCGGUCAGGGGUCCAAGCCUAUGGCGGAUAUCCUGAAGUGGGCAGUUGAGGAGGUGAUGAAGUACGUAGAGACAGCAUUGCAACGGCAGUAG